AUGUCGGAUGUCAUUUCUUCAUAUUAUCAAUGGCCACGCCAAUCGAUAACGAAAUCUACUCGACCCACCGAUCGCAUGUCUCGAUCGACUCGUCGUAUUGUUCCACAGUUCUCCAAAGAACGAUCAUCUCGUUCAACAACACGAAAGAUCACACUGUAUCGCAAUGGAGAUCCUUACUUUUCCGGCAAACAGAUCAGCAUCGAUCCGCAAAAUUAUAAUAGCAUGCAACUCUUCUUUCAGCAACUAUCAACUAUCAUCGAUUUGCCUUAUGGUGUACGACGUUUAUUUACAAUGCAAAAUGGCUCCGAAAUAACUAAUGUGAAUUAUCUGAAAGAUGGUGCAUCGUACGUGUGCGCAUCAUUUGAACCAUUUCAGAAAUUAUCAUAUGCAACGAUAACAACGCCCCGAAUCCCUCUAAAAAGCGAACACUUAUUCAAUUUUAAUGUGUAUCAAUCACUUGGUUGGCCUGUUCGUCAACCAUUAAAUGAUAUUCAUUCACCCAAUCGCGUCCACGUACGUCCUUUACCGACGAAUCAGUUCACAAAAGUAGGUGCUAUCCAUGGAUCCAUAUCCACAACUCAUGCAAACAAUCGUUUACUUGCAAACAAUCUCUUUCUACAAUCAUUCUCCUCGACAGCAGCGAAUUCUGUUCAACAGCAGAAGAAAUUCCAUUUCAAACAGAAUAAAUACACUCCUGAAUCUUCAUUUAAUAAGCCUCGUUCGAUAACUAUCAUCAAGCAAGGAAACGAGAAAGCGAUUAAAACGAUAACUAUUUUACUCAAUCGAAGAACUGUGCAAACAUUCGAUCAGCUGCUGUGUGAUAUUUCUGAGGCAUUCGGACAUCAGAAGAACCGAUCAGAUAAGAUUAAACGGUUAUUUAACCUAAGAGGACGACAAGUAAAUGGUAUCAAUGAUUUCUUUCGUGAUGAUGAUGUGUUCGUUGCUGUCACGCAUAAUAAUGAUAUAUCUUCAGUGGAUUUGCAUGAGAUAAGCUUGAAAUUAUUCACUGAUUCUCAAAAUUCUCCCACGCAUCGAAGGCGUGCGAAGAAAACUGUUCAAACAUCAACCGAUGCUGAUACAUCCAUCGUAGAGCAAAAAGAUGAGGAAAGUCUUUCGUCCAAGGAAAGCGCAUUCAUUCCAACUCGAACAAUGAACAAUAAACAAAACGAAAUCGUUCCUGAACAUCUCUUCACAUCCAACGAUUCAUCUCCUCAGAAAACAAAGAGAACGAACAAAUUACCGACGAUCAGUAUUAUUGAACAGCAACGUGAGCGUGAGCGACAACGUUUGCGUGAAGAAGAAGAGCUACGUCGCAAACGAAUUCUAUCCAGAAAGGAACCACAGCAAGGUAUUCAAAUAUAUUCUAUUCCAAAGUUUGAACAACUAGCAAUCGAUACGAAUACCGAUGCUUCUCAUCCGAACAAAAUCAAAACGCCAACCUCAGUACGAACGAAAUUGUCAUCGAUAAAUUCCUUACCGACAAGUUAUUCGAACGAAAACGACCUUUCACCUGUAUCAAAAACUUUCGUGAUCAAAACACGUUCAUCAGUUAUCCAUUCAACACCGUCCGUUGUAACGGAUAAAUACGAACUUGGCAAAAAGAUGGGCGACGGAAAUUUCGCCAUAGUUCGUCGUUCGAAGGCGCGUGAUAGUGACCGAGAAGUUGCAAUCAAAAUUAUCGAUAAAUCAAAGAUGCAAGGCAAACAAUAUAUGCUUGAGCAUGAAAUCAACAUCAUGUAUAUGUGUCGUCAUCCGAACAUUAUCCGUCUGUUCGAAGAUUACGAAACACCUGAAGAGAUCUAUUUGGUCAUGGAGUUGAUUAAAGGUGGAGAUUUGUUUGAGUAUAUCACUCGGCAUCGGUGUUUCGAUGAACCAACGUCAGCACUUAUGAUUCGAGAUGUUGCUGAAGCUUUGGUUUACAUACAUGCAAAAAAAAUCGUCCAUCGGGAUGUUAAACCAGAAAAUUUGCUAGUAAUGCAUCGAAAAGAUGGGCGAAUAACAAUCAAAUUAACAGAUUUCGGUUUAGCAUUACAAAUUACAGAUCCAAUUAAAACUGUCUGUGGUACACCAACUUACGUCGCGCCUGAAAUUCUCGCUGAGACAGGUUACGGCACUGAAGUUGACUGUUGGGCUAUAGGUGUGAUACUGUACAUUCUUUUGUGUGGCUAUCCACCAUUCAAAACCGUGGAACGUAAUCAAGACGAACUAUUUCAAAUGAUUCAGCGCGGCAAAUUUUCUUAUGAUACUGAAUAUUGGAAUUCAAUUUCUCCAGCUGUGAAGAAUUUGAUCGAUCAUUUACUAAUUGUCGAUCGCCAAAAACGUAUGCGUGCUGAUCAAAUUCUUCUUCAUCCAUGGAUAAUUACAGCCGGCCAUUCAAAAUCGAUUCUUAACAUGGAAGAAUUGAAAAAAACUCUUCGUCUAGAAUACGAUAUGAAAAUGGCCGAGUACGCCAUGGAAAGUACAACGGCAAGCUGA